AUGCUGGGUCGUUUAUUGAGCACGGCAGCGUCGACCUUGAACCCAUCGGCGUAUUCCACACGAAAUGCAACCCAGCUAGAGUCUGUCACCGAAGAGGAGCACACCUCCGGGCUUCUGUUUCCCGACGCCAGUCUGCUCCGACGCUCCAAUACCCACGCCUACCCUCUUCACACAACCUUUAAUUCCCCGAACGUUUCCACAACUGGUGCAUACGAUGAUCGUGGUGGGAUUGAAUUGGACUCAACCAAGGAUUUUCGUGUGAUUAUUGCCCAGAAUGCACUGGGAGAUCGAGAUGCCUGUGUCCUGUUGGAUACUCGUGCUUCCCCGUCAGAUACCGGGCUAGAUUCUCAGGUGUAUGAAAAUCAAGGGAAUAGACAUUCUCGUACGGUUUCCAGUAUAUCUCGGGGAUCGCGAAGAGGCUAUAUGCCGCAUUCGUCGGCCGCAGAGCCAAGUCCUUUAUCCAUGGCAGCGGAUGCACGUCGGUCGUCGAUUGGUCCAGGUGCCUUUUCGCGUGCUCGAGGCCGCAGUUCAACACUGUCACCUGCUGGGGGGUGGCAUGAUCCUGGACAUUCGCGUCAUUCGGCCGAUUCAAACGAUUCUGGUCUGUUGAAUUGUAUUUUUGGCAGUAGUGCGUUCAGCUAUCGAGGGUCGUCUACAAAAAUGCACAUCAUAUCUGCCGAUGAUGAACCGGGAAGAACUUCGAGUGCGUCCCCUGCAGCACGCAAUUCAUUUUCCAGAGCGCACACAACCGGCAGCCCUACAAGCUUUAUUGGUCCUAGUCGGGGCAAUGACUCCAAACCACCAGCUAAGGUUACCGUUCUUCUGACAAGGAUGUUCAGUGUUAAUCUUCCAGAGGUUGAUGAUGCAUCUACUGAUCAGGGCGAUUAUGCGGCUUCUAUCUAUCAGGAAUCUCUUCCCGAAACAGGAUUUCCCUUCCCGGAUGUCUCGAAGCAGCGCAGGAAGAUCAAAGAGAAGAAAACCCCCAUGUAUGCGGUAGCAAUAACAAUCCAAAUUCCGCUACUUGCCCGAAACAAUACACGUCCUAUCUCACGGCUUAGUUCGCAAGGGGUUGACUCUCUAAAGGGCAUUUCUUGUUCCCUGGAUUCAGACUACCGGUGGCGUGGCGGAUUCCUUGAUGAUAGCCUUUCACUUGCUUCACCUCCGGCUAGUCUAGAUGAACGUAUUGACUUGUUGGUUGAUCACUGGGAUGUCAUCAACCGUACCUUAUCCCACAUGGAGAGGCUCGCUCGAAAAGAGAUCUUGUUUCUUCUAAAGAAGGUUGACUCAUUGUCAGGUGUGAACCCGAAGCCUGCCAAAGCCCCAAAUAUGCAGCGGACGAACCAAACUAUCGUGCAUCUUCCAGCAAACAUACUAGCUGUGAACUCAAAGCUCAAAGAUGAGGCGCUCCGUAGCACUCGUCGAAUCAGCGUCGCUCUUCAGACACCGUAUGUUGUGACGGGCCAAAGCCGCUGGGGUGUGUGGAGAGAAGAAGGUCGUUCGAUCGUUCGCAGUCUAGGUGAUAAAGAACACAGUUUCUUUUUCCUGGUUCUUAUCACAGCAUUCUUGGGUAAUCAUACUGAGUGGCUCAAUGCCUUGGGCCCAGAUUGGUAUCGAAGACGCCACUAUUUGCAGCAGAAGGCCCAGCAGGACUUGGACCCAAUCCUUUCAAACCGAACCGUGAUUAUCUCUCCGGAUAAGAUGACGGCUAGGCGGCUCAUCUUCUUGCUAGCGGCUUUUCUGCCAGCGAAGCAACGGUUUGAACCACUCCCAUCUCCUCUUCGCCCGGGCACUUCGACCUCAACACGCGCCAUCUCCCAGAGUCCACCGAGCGUACCUGUUCUUCGUCAAGAAUCUCUCCGAAGAGCCAUCGAGCGGCGAUCUCGUGCUCAACGCAUGAACCUGGCUGAGGUUGAUCAGCACCAGCGAUCAGUAAGCGUAUCCUCUACUGAGACUGCAUAUCGAUCAGACGAUAUCGAAUCAACUAUUCAGGCAGACAUGGGUAGAGAGCGAAGAGGGUCUGAUGCGCGCUCCAUCAGAACAUUAGGUGUGCCGAUGCAUGCCAAAGAUGUUCGCAACAAGAACACCAGCUCUGCGACGACAUCUACAACAACUCCUAGUAGCACUGUUCCGGUUCCGCAUUUUGCUUCACGUCAAAAUAGAUCUGAACGAGAAGGACAUGAUCGGACAGUGGAUGACGGGAAUGACAGCCUCGCAUCAGAGAAUUUGUUGAGGAACCUACAAAGAAGUGAAAGCUCAGCAGCCAGUACCGGCAGCAGUAUCCCUUCCACCGGUGGCCGAUGGGGUAGCCUCUUUUCGGGCUUGUGGAGCUCUCGUCAAGAAUCCUCUACCGAUGGCAGCGAGGUGGCUACUCCGUAUGAGGCUCGCAAGCGCUCUGUUUCUGGAAAUGUCGGUGCUUCGACCCGGAGCCCAACAACUUUGAGCCAAAUGGUCAAAGAAGUCUCAAUUCCGCCAGAAGAAAUCCCGAAUAUGGCCACAAGCGGCAACAUCUCAAUUCCUCACUCCCAUGCUCAAAAUGGCCUCGAGGAGGUUCCACCCGACCUGUCAAUGAAUGAUCAAGUCAGAGAGUCUCCCCUAAAAAUGUCUGUACGAGCAGAUGAUGGAGUGGUGGAUGUUGAUCUCCCGUUGCCUGGGUUUCUUUCUCUCUCAUCGUCUGGUGAUUCCACAGUGGCGUCCCCAAAGAAGACUCGGACAUCAGUUACUAGUGUUGAUGCUAUGGCAUCCACCCAUAGCAGCAAUUCUGGAUUCCCUUGUGCCCAACGGGAACCUGAAGGCCCUAACAUCAAUGUUGCUGGCUGGCUGAAGAGUUUUCAUGAAGACUUCUUGCUGCAAGCGGUGCGACCUUAUCCGGAUCUGGAGGCCCACAUUAAACGUGCAAUGCAAGCCGAACCUACUCCAAAUAUUUCUUUUACGCCUGAUAUGGACGGACCGGAAAGAUGGGUGGAUGUUGCGACUACGUUAGUUGCAGAUGCUAGGACCUUCACAGUCAAACGUUUGCGCCUGAGGCGAAAGGUCCCCGUACACAACGCCUCUUGGGAAAGCCCAUUAACACCCCCUAAUGCUUCUCGUCCUGUCACACCUCGCAAUGGCCCUGGCAACUCUACAUCGCAGCUUACGAGUUUUUUCUCUCAAGCUAACAGUUCCAGUAAGUCUGUGAACUCUACCAUGGAUGGGUUCAACCACAGUAAUGUGGAGGAACGUUUUGUUGAAGAACCUGUCAUGGAUCUCGAUGGCACUCUUGUCGAUGCUCUCGAGCGUGUUCUUGCUCAGAGUGGACAGUCCUCCUUGAUGCACUCACGGGCUCCUUCGCCAUCACGGGCACGUAGAGGCGAUGACAAAACCACUUCCGAGUCAGUAAUCCGAGAGGAGGUGGCUGCUCCAAUUGAAGUUCCGCGUGCAGAAUGUCGCAAAACGGUCCUUGGAGCCCUUGAGGAAGUAGUCCGAAGCGUAACCGCUGAGCAUUGUCGUGAAGAUGUGAAUGGAGAACUGGGCCUCGCAGACAGGGAGCGGAAGCGUUCCUUGGCUGGAGCCGACAAUACGUUGAGGGAAGGAGUCCGCAGAUGGCUUCUUGAUGUGGAAGAGGCCUGGUAG